ACCAAUACACUGAACGCUCAUUCACAUGUGAGUUUUGACACAACAUACUUCCGGUUAGGAAAUAAAUAUUGUGUAAACAAUACAACGUUACAUAUUUAAUAAUACAACGCGUUUUAAGAUUUAAGAUUAAUACCAAUAAUCUUUCGUUGAAGUUCCUGAGACAUGAAUAUUAAAAAUGCGCUUUCUGGAUGUCAGCUAACUAGUUACGUCUCACAAAUAUUUUGAACUAACAAAAUAUUUAAGUUAAACUAAUUCAAUAACUCGUAACUCUGAUAUCCUUAUGCUGAGACUAUUGUCGGUGAACUUUGGAGGGCUUAUAAAGCACAAGACACUCUUAAGUCUUAAAUUUAGCACAUCAUCAGUCAUGGCCAAAAGCAAAUUUGAAUACGUGAGAAACUUUGAGCUUGACGACAAAUGUUUGAAAAACUGCUAUAUUGUGGUUCGGCUAGAUGGACGCAACUUCCACAAGUUUUCUGAUCAGCAUAACUUCAUUAAACCCAAUGAUGACAGAGCUCUGGGUUUGAUGAGCCGCAGUGCCCGUUCGGUCAUGGAGGAUCUGGAGGACAUCACUAUAGCCUAUGGACAGAGUGACGAGUUCAGCUUUGUGUUCAAAAGAUCAACCACCUGGUUCAAAAGAAGGGCAAGUAAACUGAUGACCCAUGUGACAUCCCAGUUUUCAUCUAGCUUUGUUUUCUAUUGGAAGGAGUUUUUCGGGGAGCAGCCGCUGCUGUACCCGCCCAGCUUUGAUGGCAGGGUGGUGCUGUAUCCUACCAACCGUAACCUUAAAGAUUAUCUAAGCUGGAGACAGGCAGACUGUCACAUUAACAAUUUGUACAACACUACGUUUUGGACGCUGGUGCAGAAAGGAGGAUUGACCACAACACAGGCUGAAGAGAGACUCAAUGGAACCCAAGCAGCGGAUAAGAACGAGAUCUUGUUUUCUGAGUUCAGUAUCAAUUACAAUAAUCAAUCCUCAUUUCACAAAAAAGGCACAACUUUAAUAUGGGAAAAGGUGACUGAAAGCGCAACUAAACAGAUCAAGCGGCCAGAUGAAGGAGAGUCAGAAGUUACUGUGACACGGACCAGAAAGAAGGUUACAAGUCAUUCCUGUGAUAUCAUUGGAGAUCAGUUCUGGGAAGAACAUGCAGACAUUCUGGAAAGUGACCAGUGUUGAUCACACUGUUAAAAAACUCAGACCAAAAAUGCGAGUUUAUUUUUCCUUUUGGUGUUUAA